AUGGCCACCUCUCGUGUCUUCGCCUCCCGCAUGGCCUCCGCCAUGGCCCAGACCUCCAAGGUCGCCCGCCCUGCGGCUCGCUUCCAGCUCAACGCUGCCACCAAGCGCACCUUCACCCAGAAGGCCCCCGUCGCUACCUUCGGUGCCCCCAAGCGUAUCCAGUCUCCCACCCUCCUCCAGGCCAAGGCCUUCCAGACUGCCGCCCGCCGCCAGUACUCCUCCGAGGUCGCCACCGCCAUGGUUGAGGUCUCCAAGAACAUCGGUAUGGGUUCCGCUGCCAUCGGUCUCGGUGGUGCCGGUAUCGGUAUCGGUCUCGUCUUCGCCGCUCUCCUCAUGAGUGUCUCCCGCAACCCUGCCCUCCGUGGCCAGCUCUUCUCCUACGCCAUUCUGGGCUUUGCCUUCGUCGAGGCCAUGGGUCUCUUCGAUCUCAUGGUUGCCAUGAUGUGCAAGUACGUCUAA